GUGUGAGUGUGUGAGAGUGAGAGUGAGUGUCUGUGUGUGUGUGUGUGUGUGUGUGUGUGUGUGUGUGUGUGUGUGUGUGUGUGUGUGUGUGUGUGUGAGUGUGUGUGAGUGUCUGUGUGUUUGUGUGUGUGUGUGUGAGUGUCUGUGUGUUUGUGUGUGUGUGUGUGUGUGUGUGUGUGUGUGUGUGUGUGUGUGUGUGUGUGUGUGUGUGUGUGUGUGUGUGUGUGUGUGUGUGUCUGUGUGUUUGUGUGUGUGUGUGUGUGUGUGUGUGUGUGUGUGUGUGUGUGUGUGUGUGUGUGUGUGUGUGUGUGUGUGUCGCGGGGGUGGCUGGCCUGAGAAAGUUCACAUUCCGAUGUAUUUUCAUCAAGAGCGCUUGUCUUUUUUACAAUUUCUAUAAAGCGUGACAAAGGCCGUCUUCCGAAGGAAUGUCAUUGUCUUGUCAGAAUUUCUACAAGGAGUUUUUAUCUGAAGCACCUGAUGCAAGAAAACCUGACAGAUCCAUGAGCAUAAGAAUACGUGAGAGAGAGAGGACCUUUUGCUGUGGUGACGUCAUGUCAUUCAGAUAUUAACGCUGACUUAUUUUUACAGGCGUUUACAUCGAUGGAUUUAAUACACAAGAGGACGUUGAUUAUAUGAAUGUCGAUACAUUGUACCCGGAGGACGCAGGCAUCUUUGAAACACCUGCUGCUGCUGCUGCUGCUGCUGCUGCUGCAGAAACAAUAGAUGAUUUAGAUCGUUUUUUCAACCAACCUAUGCAAUCAUUUGUAAGUCAGGCUCCAGCGGUAACGGGAAACGCCGAGCCUGCCUUAGACACACAGACGGUUCCAGAGAGACCGUCUACGCUCCCAACCCCUGUGCCAACGGUGACGCAGACGACGGUCACAGCACCCUCAGCUCAACAUCCGUUGAGACAGCUGCCGACGGUCCCCAGGGCUUCUUAUGGAAAAAAGCAUAUUUUAAACAACCCCACCACCACCACCACCACCACCACCAGCAGCAGUAGUAGUAGUAGUAGUAGUAGUAGUAGUAGUACCAGUAGUAGCAGUUCUGAGCAUCGACGUAAACGUGGGUAUCAAGGUGGAAGACCCCGGCGCAGGAGGUUGAGGAGGUCGAGGAGGAGCUGUUUCAGAUGUGGAGAGUUUAUAAGAGCAAUUGAGGGGUUUAUGGAGAAUGUGAGAAGGAUAUGAGUUUUUUUUUCUUUCAGGGGUGGGGGGUGUAGGUAAUUAAAAAAAAAAAAAAGCAUGGAGCAGCCGACUCCGGCUGACCCCUUGACAGCUAUAAAUCUUGCGUUAGACGAGUUGAAUCAACCUCAGUCCAUCCUAAAUAGUCUAAAUCAUUUCCAUACGUUAUUGGAUACUUUCAGCAGUGAAAAUGCUCUUUCAAACGAAGCCGCUGUCACUCCUCUUUACCUCCCUCCUACUACUGCUCAGAGCACGUCUUUAACCGGUGUUUCACACACAGACCGUCUCAAUGCCUUAGACACUGCAUUGCUGUUUUUAGAAAAUGAUACGAAUGCCCAGACGGGGGGAAACAUAACCCCUGAGAAUGCCGGUACAGGCCCGCAGGCCGGUUCAUCAAAUUCCGAUGGCUCACCCACGAUGCGGGAAAUUUCACGGUCUAGAUUUAACAACAUUGAGAUAAGGCAAAUUUUGCAAUUUCCAAUGCCGGCAGGCGUACCGGAUUAUGGUGAGUUUUACGGCGGCGUUAUGGGGGCUGCUCACGAGUUGUGUGACAAGGUAUUUUCACAGGCGCACGAUCACGACGUCAUACAGAUGGAGUUACGCUCAGACUGUUUUACAAAAAGCGUUUCAAGCAUAGUGAGACCCUCUCAGGAUGACAGCGGGGGUCUAGUCACUUUUCAGAAUCUUCUGGACGAACUUGUGCAGUCUAAUAUGGCUCUCAUGACUGAUGGGGGCCUAGAGUUAGUGGUGCAGUUGAUAAGAAACCCCCGCGGAGGCAGUAAACGCAGGCUGGACUCUAUGAUAGACAGCGAAGUGGUUAAAAAGAGACGAAAGUUUCUGUAUGUGGUCGAGAAUCCCGACAACCGUUUGUGUUUCGCCAUUAAUUUAGCUCUCCUGCUGAACCCUUACAUCACCGAUGGAGAGGCUGAAAGAAAGGGGCGUGAAAUUCAGAGAGCUGUAGGAUUAUCUGAACAGACGGAUGUGGGUUUCACGGACGUGUCUCUGUUUGAAAACUAUUUAGACUGUAAAAUUGUUGUGUUUUACAGAAGUGAAGGCAAGCGCUCCCUCUGCAAAUUUCUGACAGCGAC